GGGCGGACUGCACGUCGCCGCCUUACUGUCCUCAUCUCCUCCUCCCUCUCGUCACCUACUCACCAUCACAUCCAUAUCGCUCGCACGCUCGUCAGCUGCCAUUGGAGUACUGCGAGCAUCAUCAUAUUCGGCACAGCCGCUCAAUCCGUCAUCUAGCUUCCUCCUCGCUACUCCAACGCACAGCGUCAUCGCAGCCAUGAGCGGACCCAAUGCCCUUGCCAAGUUCAAGAAUCGUCUCUCAAGGUCCUUCAGCGGUAAGGCACCUGCUUCUGAUCCCGCCAAGGGCUCAGCUCCGGCGACGACUACCAAUGGCAGCAGCGCUACGGCUACCAAUCAGCCCACACCUGCGCCAUCCUCAACAGAAGCUGCGGCUCAGUCAGCUGGUGCUGCAUCUUCCACAACCGGACCAGCUCCAGGCUCAGCUUCAGCUCCAACUCCAACGCAGCCAAACGCCAACAAGGGCGCAGCAACAGCGUCCUCGCGCAGCCCGCCCCAAGCCCCGCCCAAGGAUGAAACCCCGCCCGAGGCCGCAGCUGGCGCUCAUUUGCCCAACUAUUCCUCGUCCGCUCGCUCCCUCAGCGGCGCCAGGUCAAAGCUCAGGACCCUUUACCCUGCCAUCGAGCCCUACAAGACGGGCACGCUCAAGGUCUCUUCUGAGGCCGAGGGUAAUCACGAGAUCUACUGGGAGCUGUCGGGCAAGGAGGGCGGAUACCCGGUCGUCUUUCUCCACGGUGGCCCAGGUGGUGGCUGCUCAGAGGACGACCGCCGUUGGUUUGACCCGAAGCACUACCAGAUCCUCACCUUCGACCAACGCGGCUCCGGCAAGUCGACUCCAGCUGCAGAGCUCACCGCCAACACCACCUGGCACCUCGUCGAUGAUAUCGAGCGACUUAGGACGGAGGUGGCUAGAGCAGACAAGUGGCACGUCUUUGGCGGUUCGUGGGGAUCGACCUUGUCCCUUGCCUAUGCACAGAAGCAUCCGCAGAGAGUGUCUGCGUUGAUCCUGAGGGGCAUCUUUACAUUGAGGAGGGCGGAGCUGCUCUUCUUCUAUCAGGAGGGAACCAGCUACAUCUGGCCGGAGCAACAUCAGCCUUACUUUGAGCACAUCCCAGCCGCAGAGCGAGGUGACAUCAUCGAGGCCUACUACAAGCGCCUCACAAGCGAUGAUCCCGACGUCCGCCUCGCAGCAGCCCGACGCUGGUCUACCUUCGAGAAUGCAACUUCCAAGCUCUACCUCGAUCAGCAACACAUCAAGCGCGGCGACGAUGACAAGUGGACUCUCCAAUUCGCCCGCAUCGAGUCCCACUUCUUCCAACACGGGGGCUGGAUGGAUGACGGCGAGCUGCUCAAGCCCAGCAACAUCGCCAAGAUUGCUCAUAUCCCUACCGUCGUAGUGCAAGGAAGGUACGACGUUGUCUGCCCAGCGAAGACUGCUUGGGAUCUACGCAAUGCUUGGCUACAGAGCGCAGAGGGGGGAAGGAAGCUGGAGUUCUUCAUUGUACCGGAUGCGGGCCACGCAUCCAAGGAGCCAGGAAUCAUGGACAAGCUCCUCUACGCUACCGACAAAUUCAGGGCCAUCGGAGCAACGCCCGCUGCUGCGGCUGCCACCUCUUCAUCCACCGAUGUGCCCAUCGCAGCUACUGCCGCGACCGACAACGGUACCGCGGCUGGAGCUCCCGCCGAGUCCUCCGCUGAUCGCUCCCCGGCAGCACCGGUUGCUGCGCAGUAGAAGAAGACAAAGACGGCAGGUCGGGAAAUUCAGCAUGGUCCUGCUGCGCGAGAGAACCUCGAGGAGGCUGUAGGAGGGAGGCGAACGGGAGGAACGAGGUGAAGGAAUCACUACCCAUCUAUCCAGCUAGUCGCAGCAUCGUUCAGCUGUACCGUACCCCCGUACUGCUCUGAAUCUGCUUUUCGUCGCUCGCCAAUAGCACUCGUGGACAGAUCAAGCUUUCAAAGG